AUGCCGGUGGCCGGGGGGCUGCUGUGCGGGGCCAGUGGCCUGGCCCUGCUGGUGGCCGCCACCGCCACCCAUUUCUGGGUGCAGCGCCGGGCUCCGGGGGGCACGGCCAGCCUGGGGCUGUGGCACGGCUGCCUCGGGGGACAGUGCCACCCCCACGCCACCACCCCAGCCCUCCUGGAGGCCACGCGGGUGCUGAUGCUGCUCUCGGUGGUCGCCGCCGCCGCCGGUCUCGCCCUGGGCCUGUCCGUGGGGACCGGCGGGGGCCGGCGGGCGCGGACACGAGUGGCCGGGGCCACCCUGCUGCUGGCGGGGCUGCUGGCGCUGCUGGGGCUCGGGCUGGGCUCGGGGGGGACCCUGGAGCUGCUGGGGCCGCUCCGCAGCUCCUGGAGCUUCUCCUGGUCCUUCAUGCUGGGCUGGGCGGGCGCGGCGCUGCUGGGCUCGGCAGGCGGGGGCCGCGUGGAGGUGCCGCGCAGCGUGACGGCGGUGCUGGGGCAGGACGUGGUGCUGCCGUGCCGGUACCGGGCGCAGGAGCAGGAGCAGGUGGUGCAGGUGACGUGGCUGAAGCGCGGCGCGGGCGCGGGGGCCGAGGUGGCCGUGCUGAACCCGCAGCACGGCGAGCACGUCCAGGAGCCCUUCGCGGGCCGCGUCCUGCGCCACGGCCACGGCGGCCUGGAGGACGGCGACAUCCUCCUGCGCAACGCCGUGCAGGGCGACGAGGGCGACUACGAGUGCCACCUCAUCACCUUCCCCAUGGGCAACUUCGAGGGGCGGCUCACGCUCAGGGUGCUGGUGCCACCGCUGCCCAUCCUGAACCCGGGCCCGCCGCUGGAGGAGGGCCAGGGCCGGACGCUGGCGGCGUCGUGCACGGCCGAGGGCAGCCCGGUGCCGUCGGUGCGCUGGGAGACCGAGGUGCGCGGCACCAACGCCACGCGGCGCUCGGCCCACGCGCGCUCGGCCUCGGUCACCAGCGAGUUCUUCCUGGUGCCCGGGCGCAGCAUGAACGGCAAGAGCCUCACCUGCGUGGUGGCACACCCCGGCCUGCGCCACGAGAAGAGGAUCACGCACCUGCUCAGCGUCGCCUACCUGUCGGACGCGUCGGUGCUGGGUCACACGGCCGAGUGGCAGGAGGGGAUGGAGGGGGCGGCGCUGACCUGCCUGGGGGAUGGCAACCCCCCCCCGACCUACAACUGGACACGGGUGGACGCUCCGCUGCCCGCGGGGGUCAGGGCCAAGGGGGACACGCUGCUUUUCCAGCGGCCGCUGGCCGUGGCCGACGCCGGUGACUACGUGUGCCGAGUGUCCAACCGCGUGGCCGCCAAGGAGGCCCGGGCCAACGUCAGCAUCCGGGGACGCGCCACAGAGGACCCCGUGCGCCGCGUGGACCUGGUGUCGGCCUCGGUGGUGGUGGUCGGGGUGAUCGCCGCCGUCCUGCUCUGUGUCCUCGUCAUCGUCGUCGUGGUCAUGACCCUGUACCACAAACGCAAGACACAGCGCAUCUCCGAGAAGUACGAGGAGGAGCUGACGCUGACCCGGGAAAAUUCCAUCCGGAGGCUCCACUCCAGCCACAGCAGUGACCCCCGGGCACAGCUGGAGGAGACGUUGCAGCUGCGGACGGAGAGGGACAGCCUGCGUGGCACCAGCAUCUGCUCCGCCAUGAGCGAGGAGCCCGAGGGCCGCAGUUACUCCACGCUCUCCACCGUGCGGGAGAUCGAGACGCAGACGGACGUCCCCGUUGUCCCCGUUGUCUCGGCGCCAGCGCCGCCAGCCCCCGGCGGGAAGGAGCCCAAGGAGGAGGAGGAGGAAGGGGGCGGCGGGGGGGACCCCAUCAAGCAGGCCAUGACGCACUUCGUGCAGGAGAACGGGAUGCUGCAGGCCAAACCCAGCUCCAACGGCAUCUACAUCAAUGGCCGCGGCCACCUGGUGUGAGCCAGGCACCGAGGGGACACCUGGGGACAGCCAGGGGACAGCCAGCGCCCCCCGCGCCCGCCCGGCUCUGCCCCCGCCGCUCCGGUCCCCGGGUGUCACCUUGCUGCUGGUGUGGGGUUGGGGACAAGGACAGUGCCCCAGGACUGGCUGCGGUCCCUGGCUGUCACCUCGCUGCUGGUGUGGGGUCAAGCAAAGACUCUGGUCCCCAAGUGUCACCUCCCUGCUGGCACAUGGAGUUGGGGACACCACCAAGCCCCAGGACAUUCUUCGGUCCCCAAGUGUCACCUUGCUGCUGGCACAGGCUUGGGGACACACAUGGCGCCCCUGGACGUGCUCUGGUCCCCAGGUGCCACCUCCCUGAUGGCACAUGGAGCUGGGGACACCACCAAGUGCCAGGACAUGCUCUGGUCCUCAAAUGUCACCUCCCUCCUUGUGUGGGGUCAAGGACCAGCUUCGGUUCCCAGGUGUCACCUUGCUGCUGGCACAGGCCUGGGGACACCGCUGAGCUCCAGGACAUGCUCCUGUCCCCAAGUGUCCCCUCCCUCGUGGUGUGGGGUCAGGGGUGGACUCUGGUCCCCAAGUGCCACCUCACUGCCAUCACAGGCCUGGGGACAAACCCCAGGACAAGCUCCUGUCCCCAGGUGCCACUUCCCUGCUGUCACUGGCUUGGGGACAGCACUGAGCUCCAGGACAUGCUCCUGUCCCCAAGUGUCCCCUCCCUGCUGCUGUGGGGUCAAGGAUGGACUCUGGUCCCCAAGUGCCACCUCGCUGCCAUCACAGGCUUGAGGACAUCAUCAAGCCCCAGGACAAAUUCUGUCCCCAGGUGCCACCCAACCCCGGGCUGGGGACACUCGUGGUGACAUCGGGGACCCCCCAGGACUCCCCAAACCUCCCAGGACCGAGCGGGGCAGGAGCCCCCGUGUCCCCCCGACCCCCCCGGGACUGUGGUGGCAGUGGGGACAGCCGUGUCCCCUCCCCCCCGGGCUGGGGGAGGGGCUGUACAGCCGU